AUGGUGUACACAGCGGGGUAUGUGGGCAAGCCCAGACGUGGGCGGCCCGAGAUCCACAUUGCCAUGAUUGGCGGCAUUGCCGUCAUUGAUGCCGGCUCGCUCGAGCUGAUCACCGUGGUCAACAACUCGGCACUGGCCGAGGCGGCAAGAACUGUUCCCCAGGUUGCAUACAUGAAGAACGCAGCGUUUGUGGCGGCGACCGCUGACGCUUCGGUCCCGCUGUGGUUCGUCGACUGCGACAAGUACGGCGCUCUGGUCUUUGACGCCACCACCAUCUCGGCCGGCCGCCCCGUGCUCGUCGACGAGCACGCCAAUCUCUCACCAUCAUACGCCGGCCCGCUGGCAGGGGGCCGACAGGUCCUGCAGAUGGGAAUGACAGCAUCGGCGUAUCCGGACUCGACCACCACGUUCAACUACGCUGUCGUCUACUCGCCAGAUGCCAAGCCGCUCGCCGACGGCGCACACUUUCGGGCCUACGGCUCGCCCAAGGACACCCGCUCGGUGGCCGGCCUCGGCCCAUCCGCUACCAGCGCCAUCUUCUACUCGCUGCCAUGGACUUAUCCUCAGACUGGAGUCAAGACCUCGUUCAAGUACGCGCUCCCGGCCAAAUGCGGGGUCAUCGAUCCCAACACGCCGCUGCCGUGCGAGAUGAUCGAGGUCGAGCUCGAUGGCAGCCAGUGUCCGGGCGUGGCGGCGGCGCUUGCCAAAGGCGUCAGCGCUGACGAUCUUACCCUUGUUCUCACCGCCAACCACAUCAUCUCCGACAGCCUCAUACUCCUCCACAUCGCGUACCACGUGGGCGACGACCGGCGCCUCUGCUCGCUCACAGUCGACGCGACAGCAAGCUUUGCCGUCGUUGCGGCAUCGGGCGCGCUCUACCCCGAGGGCGUAUCGGGCGAGGCGUUCCCGGCCAUGAUCCCACGGCUCCAUGGCGGUGUGACGACUGUGGGCCUCGCCGCAAACCACGUCGAUGCUACGCAAGGCGUUGUCGUCGUCUCUGACUACGACAACUCGGGAAAGCUGGUAAGCGCGCGUGGACUGACCGUGGCCGGCCUCGAAAAGCCGGCCGGCCAUCCCGAGCUGGCUGUGAUGGCCGAUGAUGGCACGACCGCGUGGUUCAUCACGCCGCCGUACCACUACUACGGCAAGACGCAGGUGAUUAAGCUCGAUCUCGAGCCCGGCUCCGCACUAGCCAAACCGGAAGUCUGGCUCGCCGACGAGCCGCUGCACCUUGUCAACGGCACGGCACACGCUGCGAGCCAGGAGAGCGGGACCGGGCAAGAGUACGCGUUUGAUGUCACCGACCCGUUUGCGUCGCUAGUGGUCUCGGUUGUGCCGUCGUCGAGUGACGUCUCGCUCUCAACGACAGUGGCAUCGCCGGCGUACGAUGUGAAGCAGACGCUCGCCAAGGCAUCGGAUGGGACCAACACGCUCAGCGUGCCUGUGACGCAGCCGGACACGUUCGUCAUUUCCGUCACAUGCUGGGCCACAUCAGCAACCUCGUGCAGGUACGAGGUGACCGCAACCACAGUGCCGCUUGCGACGUAUGCGUCGGGCAAGUCACAGCCAUUCCGCUGGAAUGUGACGAGCGCGAGCGGCAAGUAUGCGAUCACGCCGUCGUUUGUGGGCAAGGGCGCAUCAGGCGAUGUGUUUGUGGUGGAGGAGAAGGAGACACUGCGGGCGUACAUGCCGACGACCGACGGAGUAGUGCUGAUGGGAGAGCAGUCGCUUGACGGUGUCCGGGUGUACGUCGACAACAGCAAUGUCUACCGCGAUGCCACCGAGUUCUAUGUCCUCGCCGACGAUGAGGCCGGCUACGUCGAGGCCCGCCGCAUCGAGCUCGGCACACUUGCGGUGAAAGAGCAUGUCCGGACGCCGUUUACUGUACGUGAAGCUCAGGACGCCGCUUUAGUCUCGCUGGGCUGGGACGGUGAGCUUGGCGUUGUGGCGGUCUUUGUCGGUGACCGCGCAGCCGUCAUCGACGCGGCCACUGCCAAGGUUGUUCGCGAGUUCAACACCUCGCUCACCGACGUCGACCGCGGCGAGAUCGGAACUGGCGUCUCCAACGCCGUCUUUGACUCGCUUGGCUUUGUUUACAUCCAUGCGUCGUCGCGGCUCUCGUCGGCUAUGCACAUCUUUAACGUGGCGACAGGCGCACAGGUCUUUGUGCGGACCGGUUACUUUGGCUACACCGAUGGAGCCAAGGGCCCGUAUCUGUUUAGCUUGGCUGGCGCGAGGACGAUGGCGUGCCUUCAGAGCGGCGACUGCGUGGCAGGCGCCGAAGCCUACUCGGUCGGCUCGGUCGGCGGCGGGCAGAUUCCUCGGUUCCACACGAUGACGUCGGGCAUUGACGCUGCCGUUUCCCGCCAAGGCUCCAGCAUUGCGGCGUACGAGGUCCGGCCCGGAGCAGUGGGCGUCAACUUGCCGAGUUGGAAGUGGUUUGCGCCGUCGCAGGCCAACCUCAACGUCGACGCGCUCUUCACGGCUUCGCGCGGGUGGAUCCAGGCACAAGACUCACCGAUGAUCUUUGCCUGCGACCUCGACAUUUUUCCUCCGUUUGGGCGGCAUGCUCCCAUCUGCGACCGACUUUGA